AUGUCUAAGUUAGAUCUAGAUCUAUGUCAGACUUCUGUUGGUGGUGGUCCUGAUCUUUUUGUUGUCGAACCAGGUCCAGGACCAAAUCUAACUAAUGUUUGGCUAACAGUUGAUGAACUAGAAGAUGAGAAUAAGAAGUUAAAGCAAAGAAUAAAUGAAUUAGAAAUACAACAAGGUCUGAAACCAUCAUAUACGCUGCCAGUCAAUGGAGAACAGAGCUUCAACAAUGGAUUUGUUAAAUAUAAUCCAUUUAAUCAGCGGUCCGAUUCAACUUUUGGACAGUUUCAAUCUUCAUCUGAGCCUGUUACUGCAAUCAAUCUUCUAGUUGACUUAAAGGUAUCUCAGCCCUCAUCGCCAUCAGGAGUUUCUCAAGACCAUUCUACUACCAAGGAUACCCUUGCUAUGCAGGCAGCAGCAUACAAAUCCACCAGAACAAACUCCACCUCUUCUUCCUCUGCAUUUGAUGAUGCCUUUGCCCCACCCAUUACAUUAGCACUGGUACCAUCAGCACCACCAGCUCCAAAGACUAUAGAGCCAUUCUUACCACCACCUCCUGCACCUAUUCAAAGAACAAAGGAAGCACCCUCUCCUCUUUUCAAACAGCCACCUCCUACUGACCUUCAGUCAUCUAUUUCUACAGUUCCUCCUUCACAACCCUCAGUUGAUCCAGCUAUAGCCAGAAGUAGACCAAGACCUCAACCAUUAUCACAAGGAACAGGAGUUCUGGCUCCUCCCCCUCGGACACUGAGAAGAGGAGAUUCAGUAACAUCUCCUCCUCCUACAUCACCUAGUGUAGGCCUUGAUGAUCUGUAUGCUGCUGUAUCUAAAGCAUCUAAAAUGAAUGGAAGUGGAGCAGCCACAACAUCUCCUAAUCCAUUUGCUGCUUCAUCAAACACAGAAUUCAAAUUUGGAGAUGAUUUGGACUUUUUAAGCAACAAAGGCUCAUCAAAUGUAUCUACUUCAAACACUGGUGCUUCAUCAAAUAGCUUUUCAAUAAUGGACUUGGAUCCGCUGAAAUAAACAAUUAGAUGAAAUGAACUUAUUUACAAUCAUCUCUUUUUCUAUCCUACCUGCUUGCAAUCACAAGCCCACCAUCUUCGCAAUCUCUUCUGAUAUAAUACCAACAUUGCAUAGUCUUCAUCUUCUUAAAUAUGCUUCAUAUUUUGUCUGUUAUGCAACUUUCCUGAGAUUUGUCUUUGAAACAUCAAAUUUCAUUUCAUCAAGGAGAAACAGAUUUGAAUCUUAUUCAAUGUCAUUCGUAUUCUUCCUUGAGCAGACAUCAACAAUGAAAUAAUAUUAAUACAUUAUGAUCAUCAGUUGAAGAAUAUGAAUUUGAUAUUGAUGAUUUUUUUUCUACUAAAGUGAGUAUUGAAUAUGAGGUCUUUCAUGCUAUAGAUGAUGAAUAGACUGAAGUAUUUGAGAAACAUUGUGUGUUCUUUGGGAGUUGCCACAUUUUUAUUGUCUGCAUCCAGACAUAAUUGAUAAUUUUGUCAAGAAAACUUCUGUUGUAGAACAAACUCAGACAAAACUCCAUAUUUUGUUUUUGAUAAUCUAUACAUUGCAAUUUUCGUGACAGACAAUACUGUAGUCAGGGUCUUUUUAUUAUAACAUUCAAUACUCAGUGUUGAAUUCUAGUUUGUAAAUGGAUUCUGUAUGAAUGUAUGUAACACUCAUUAUUUAUACUUUUGUACUAUAAUAUUCAUGAUCUGUCCCAUGAUGGUUGUGUUCCUCCAAUUGCAAAUCUUAGGCCUAUAUUUAUAAUCUAUUUUGAGGUAUAAGCUUCGAUAAUUAUUUCCCUGUAGUAUACAUGUAUAUUGAUUAUAACUCUUAAGGUUCUUUGAAGGUUCCUAUGAGAACGUUAAUCUUAGACCCUUUUUUCUGUAAUCAACCUCCGUACCUCAAAUAAAACUCCUUGUCUGUCCAUCCAUUGAUUUACCAUUAUUAAACAAAAGCCUCACAGAUAAUGAUGCUUAUUGUUGAUAUUACAUUGUAUUGCUUUUUAUACACUGUGAUGAAUGCAUUCUACCUUUGGUAAAGGUGUUUAUUUGUAAAUUAAUAGCAGUGUUGUAUGAUAUCAUCUUAGUUCAUAACAUUUGUUGCUUAUUUACAUUUUUACUAAUAUGUAAUGGAUUAAUUCACUCUAGAGAUAUAUUUGAUUGCCUACAGUGCCUGACAUAAAGAAAGUCAUUAAGACUUUCUAUAACUUUCUAUCAUUAUCCUGUAUAAAUCUCUAAGGAAUUCAGAAUUGGGAUUCUGUUUAUUCCACAAUUAGAUCAGUACCUGUAAUGGUGAAUGACAUAUACCUGUGUUGAUGGUGUAGGUUCUCUGAGGAAUUGUCAAAAUACAAGUUCUCAUUUGGCUUAGAUGUAUGGAUACGAUGUUUACAGGUUCAAGAAUUUCAUUUUCAUGGUACUUUGUAAUUUUGAAACCUGCUGGCCAGACUAAAUGAAAAUUGAGAGACUAGUUCAAAACUCAUGAGCCAAGCAGGUGAUCAUUAAAGUUACUAUGGUAACAUCGUAUGAUUGUUGUAAAUCAAUAAACAUGCAGUUUUGUCUACAGUCAUCACAAUGAAGCACUUCUUUUAAAUAUUGAUCGUUCCUAAUUUCUGUUCAGUCAGUAGAAUACUAACCUCUUCAGUCAUCUUUUUUUUAAAGAUAGCACUGAAUAUGAAAUGAUGACGCAAUUCAUAAACUUGAAUGAUUAAAAUUUGAAUAUCCAUUUAACCUACAUGUAAGAAAUAUUUUAAUUCUACCCGUAAAUUAAUCCUCAAUUAUAAGAGCAAAAUAUAUUUAUUAUUUGAAAUGUCACAGUAGGCCUAUACAGUGGAAGGUCAAUGGGCACUUUCUAUUGCAUGUCAUUUUGAAAUGAGUGCAUAUCUCUUGUUAUUUUCUUAUGUCAUAUGAUUUGAUACACAUGUUAAGAGAGAUUUGUAUAUUUUUGUUAAUGUAUAUUUGUUUAAUUUGAAAUCUAUGCAGGUGUCAGAGUUUUGAAGUACUUUAUUGCUUUAUCAAAUAGUAUAUUUUUAUUGCCAAUAUGUUCAAAGUGAGUACAAUUGUAAAGCAUUUUAAAAAUUGCUAAACGUAUAUAUGAUGUUCAUCAUUAUAUUUCCUUGUUGUAUAUUUGAUUUUUGAAAAUCAACUGUUGUACAAGCCAGAUAUGAUCAAAGUAUGUAUUUGUUUUGGAGAAAUUAGGUAUCUUCUGUUUGUAGGUUUAUCUUGCUUUAUAUACCAUGAUCAUGGUCUUCUACAAUCCAAGAGGCUUGUUUGUGUAAACUAAAUGUUUAAGAAAAUACAAUUACAUGUGCAAAAAAUUCUUCACAGCAGAGCCCCUCUUCCCAGAAAACCACCAAAUAUCUUGAUAUUUUUAAUAAUUUUUAGAUAUGAUAGAGCAAUCUCAGUUUAUAUAACAAGUGAAUAUCAUUUUUUUUUUUUUUUUUUUUUUUUUUUUUUUUUGGGGGGGUUCUAUUUAAUCGAAGUAAAAUAAUGAAUGCCAAAGAAUUGUACCUGAUAUUCUCUAGUAACGAUUCAAGGACUGUUCGAAAGACGGACUUCAAAACUUGCCUGAUGUAUGCAAGCAUAUAGGAAUGGUCUUUGUUGGGGGGGGGGUGGCUAGUUCAUGAUAUAAUGUAAUCUCUUAUGAACUCCAUACCAAAUAAGCCUAUACUCAUACCUCAAGCACAAAUAAUUUAUAUGGGCCCCUCUUCCAACCCAUGUAAAGUUAUGCCUUUCUUUCCACCCCAAAUAUUAACAUCUAGUUUCAGUCUGGAAUAGUGAAUUCCAUCAAGCCUAUAAUUAUUUUUUAUUCAAUAUAUGCAUCUUCAUCCUUGUCUAAAGUACUAUUUCUUUGUGAAUCUUCUUACUGAAUGUUUAUUUCCAAUAAGUUGUAUUAUCCAAAAUUGAAUUCUAUUCUGAUACUAAUACUAGAAAUAGAAAUCUGUUUGUAAAUCUAUAACUCUGAAUCAGGAAUGCAUAAAGAGUGACAAUGGUUUCAAUAGUUUGUGAUGUCAAGGUUUAAGACCAACCUUUUUUUUGUUGAAUCCAUGAAAGGCCUCUAAAUUUCCAAUGAAUAAGAAUGUAUGGAAUAUGUAAGAAAUGAUUAUGUUUAAUGACUGAGAUUAUCUUUAUUAUUAGAUUUCAAAGAUUGAAAAUUGGAGAUCUCUUUGAUGAUUUUUCACAUUAUCAGAAUAUAGUAUACUAGUAACGGAUCCAGGGGGGGGGGGGUGCACAUCUGGCCCGUGCUCCCCCCUAUUGAGAGCCAUCAUACAAAAAUUUAAUGUAAAUAUGCUGUUAUUACCCAAGUGAGGGCCUUGGAGGGGCUUGUCAAAUAUCCCGUGGACGAAUUGACCUUCAAUUUUAGGUGAAAACCUUUUUUUUUUACUUGUCAAAUUUUAAUUUUCAUCCGGAAAAUGUUCCCCUCUUUCGGAAAAUCCUGGAUCCGCCCUUGUAGUACAAUUCAGAUCUGGCAAAGGCAGAGGCAUAAAUGUUGAAUGUGUGCAGUUGACAAUCUAUAUAGCUUUUAUUGGGCUUACAGUUUAGGAAGGUUCCAUAGUAGCACAUGUGAGUUUGCAAGGUAUAAAAGUUUGGGUUCAAAACUAAAGAAAAAUAGUAAUCAUCCUAAUUGAUAAAUAGUUAAGAACCAUCCUGAUAGAUUUCAUAUUUGAAAAGUUUUUUUUUUUUGUAUACAUGUUGUAAAUGUUAUGCGUAAGUAAUGGCUGAACAUUAAGUAUGUACAGAUUGGCUGAAUAUGGUUGCAAUAAAUAAAGUGCAAACUUA